AUGAAGGAGGCAAAUUGGACUCAAGUGUCUGAAUUCAUUCUCUUAGGAUUCUCAGAACAAUGGGAAUUGCAGAUAAUAUUGUUCUGGCUCUUUCUACUCAUUUACCUACUAACUCUAAUAGGAAAUGUGAGUAUGAUUGUGCUGAUUCAGACAGAUUCCCUCCGACACUCUCCAAUGUAUUUUUUCCUCAGUAACCUGUCCUUCACUGACAUCUGCUGCUCCUCAAGCAUCACACCUAGGUUUCUGUAUGAUCUCUUUGUAGGUAGCAAGGUUAUUUCAUUCAAUGCAUGUGCAACCCAGAUGUGGUUCUUUGCGAUCUUUGCCACAACUGAGUGCUACCUUUUAGCUGCCAUGGCUUAUGAUCGAUUUGUCGCUAUCUGUAACCCUCUUCUUUAUCCAGUCACCAUGACCAAAAAUAUCUGUCUCCAGCUUCUUGCUGGCUGUUAUCUGGCAGGAGUUGUGACUGCCAUUGCCCUUACCAGUGGUACAUUCAGUCUUUCUUUCUGUGGACCCAAUGAAGUCAGUUCUUAUUUCUGUGACAUCCCUCCUUUGCUUCGACUCUCCUGCUCAAAUAAUUAUAUUUCUAAGAUAAUGGACAAAGAAAAUUACACUACAAUGAAUGAAUUCAUUCUCCUUGGACUGACAGAUCGACCCGAGCUACAGAUUCCACUCUUUGUAAUCUUUCUAUGGAUCUAUGCUGUCAGCUUGGUAGGAAAUCUAGGGAUGGUGGUCUUAAUUGGAAUUGACUCUCGACUUCACACCCCCAUGUAUUUCUUCCUCUGCCACUUGUCCUUUGUAGACUUUUGUUAUUCCACUGUCAUCACCCCUAAGAUGCUGGUGAACUUUGUAGCGGAUGUCAAUGUCAUUUCAUUCAGUGAAUGUGCUGUGCAAUUCUACUUAUUUGGUUCAUGUGCCGGCAUUGAGGGGUUCCUUUUGGCAGCAAUGGCAUAUGACAGGUACAAUGCCAUCUGUAAUCCACUUCUGUACAAAGCUAUCAUGUCUUGGAAAGUCUGUGCCUACUUAGUAAUUGCGUCAUUUCUAGCAGGAUUCAUUAAUGCAGCAAUACACACCUAUUUUACAUUUCAGCUACAAUUCUGUGACUCCAAUAUCAUCAACCAUUUCUUCUGUGACACUCCCCCACUUCUAGCACUCUCUUGCUCUGACAUACACAUCAAUCUGAUCAUCAUUUUUGUUUUUGCCACUUUCAAUGAAUUAAGCUGUCUCCUUACAAUUCUAGUCUCCUACAGCUAUAUCCUCUCUGCCAUCUUAAGAAUCAGCACUUCUGAAGGGAGACAUAGAGCCUUUUCCACCUGUGCCUCCCAUUUACUGGCUGUAACCAUAUUCUUUGGAACUAUCUUGUUUAUGUAUUUGAGACCCAGCUCCAGUCAUUCUAUGGAUCAGGACAAAAUAGUGUCCGUAUUCUACACUGUAAUGAUCCCUAUGCUGAACCCCCUUAUCUAUAGCUUAAGAAACAGGGAAGUAAAAGAUGCUGUGAAGAAAGCAGUUGGCAGGAAAAUCUUUUAA